AGUGUAAGAGCCUUGACCCCGCCCCUCCUGUCACUCAGACAUCGUGGCCUCGCCCCACCGCCAGGCCGGAAGGACGCUCGCUUCGCCGGUCAGGUUCCUGCAGCUUCCCGGUUCAGUGGCACUUGGCCUGUUUGCCAUGGCGGCGGUUGCUGUGGCGACUAGGUGGUGGCUGCUUCUGAUGCUAAGCGCCGCGGAGCUGGGGGUCGCGCCCGCCCCUCAGCCCCCCAACAUCCUGCUCUUGCUUAUGGACGACAUGGGGUGGGGCGACCUGGGGGUGUAUGGAGAACCUUCCAGAGAGACCCCGAAUUUGGACCAGAUGGCCGCGCAGGGGAUGCUCUUCCCGAACUUCUACACGGCCAACCCCCUGUGCUCCCCGUCCAGGGCAGCUCUGCUCACUGGACGUCUGCCCAUCCGCAGUGGCUUCUAUACCACCAACGGGCACGCCAGGAAUGCCUACACUCCACAGGAGAUAGUGGGGGGCAUCCCGGACUCGGAGCUCCUGCUGCCGGCACUGCUGAAGGGAGCUGGCUACGCCAGCAAGAUCGUGGGCAAGUGGCACCUGGGCCACCGACCUCAGUUCCACCCCUUGAAGCACGGAUUUGACGAGUGGUUUGGAUCCCCCAACUGUCACUUUGGACCUUACGACAACAAGGCGAGGCCCAACAUUCCUGUAUACCGGGAUCAGGAGAUGGUUGGCAGGUUUUAUGAAGAAUUUCCAAUUAACCUGAAGACCGGAGAAGCCAACCUCACCCAGAUCUAUCUGCAGGAGGCGCUGGAGUUCAUUCAGAGGCAGCAGGCAGCCCACCGCCCCUUCUUUCUCUACUGGGCUGUUGACGCUACACACGCGCCCGUUUAUGCCUCCAAGCCUUUCCUGGGCACCAGCCAGCGAGGGCGGUACGGGGACGCCAUCCGUGAGCUGGACGACAGCGUCGGGAGGAUCCUGCGUCUCCUCCGGGACCUGGGCAUCGCAGAGAACACCUUUGUUUUCUUCACGUCUGACAAUGGUGCCGCUCUCAUUUCUGCGCCCAGACAAGGUGGCAGCAACGGGCCCUUUCUGUGCGGAAAGCAGACCACGUUUGAAGGUGGGAUGCGGGAGCCUGCAAUUGCUUGGUGGCCCGGACACAUCCCUGCUGGCCAGGUGAGCCACCAGCUGGGCAGCAUCAUGGACCUCUUCACCACCAGCCUGUCCCUCGCAGGCCUGGAGCCACCCAGGGACAGGGCCAUCGAUGGCCUGGACCUCCUCCCCGCCAUGCUGCAGGGCCACCUGACAGAUAGACCAAUAUUCUAUUACCGCGGCAACACACUGAUGGCAGUGACGCUUGGCCUGUACAAGGCCCACUUCUGGACCUGGACCAAUUCCUGGGAGGAGUUCAAACAGGGCAUUGAUUUCUGUCCUGGGCAGAACGUCUCAGGGGUCACCACCCACUCGCAGGAGGAGCACACGAAGCUGCCCCUCAUCUUCCACCUGGGCCGAGACCCUGGGGAGAGAUUCCCCCUCAGCAUUGCCAGCAUCGAGUACCUGGACGCCCUUCGCAGGAUCACCCCGGUCGUCCAGCAGCACCAGGAGGCCUUGGUCCCCGGACAGCCCCAGCUCAAUGUGUGCAACCGGGCAGUCAUGGAGCAAGAUGAACCAAACCCGUGUGGGAUGUGGGUGUGGACCGGCUGGGUGGAUGGCCUGGGGUGCAGCCAGCCCGUGAGCCCCGCUCCUCACCCACCCCCACCAAACCCUGCUGGAGUUCUGAGGAUGGAUGUGCAGCCCAAGCUGCUGCCCUGAGCUGGGUGGAAGAGCGGGGUGAGAACUAAAGGACAUUGAAUAUAUUCCCUGGGGGUGAGGAGUGCCAGGGGGCAGCUGGCUUUGGGGGUGGCCUGGUCACUGUGGUCCACAUCCAGGGCUCACAGGGAAAGAUUCGGGGCAGGGGCCAGCAGGGCCUCCCCAUCCCUUGGAAGGACACCAGGCUGGUAUUCUGGCCCCUGGACUCAGCAAUGGAGCAGAAGGGCCCCGUCUCAGGACCACCGAGGUCCCUCAGGUCCCAGUGGCUGACAGACCUCCACCCGGGGAAGAGCCCCCAGUGCCCCCUCCAAGCCCGUCCUGUCGUCUUGGACACGGUGCUGUCCCCACCCCAGCACACCGUCUCCAGGUAGUGGCAAUUGCCAUGUGGCUCAGAGACCAAGGAGAUGGGGAGGGGCCAACCUGACAGUCGCUGCCGCCACCUCCUGGGCGCAGCCAGAAUUGCCACGGCUCCCAAGUGAGUGAACAGUGGGGGUUGGGCUCAGACUGAAGCGAGCACUGCCACCAGAGGUUCAGCGGCCCACACACGUGGGCACCUGCAUGUGCACGCCAGUGUGCAAAGCACUCCCCAGCCUCCACGCUCUGCUCUGCCUAGCUGCUCUGGACCAGCGGGUAGACUCUGGAUCGUGUCUUCGCUCUCAGGACAAGAGCAGCUCGCAGCCCGUCUCCCUAGGGCCUCAUCAGACACCCUCCCCGACUUCCAGGCGCACAGGCUGGGCCCAGAAUCUGCUUUUGCGUACACCCGACCCCUUUCUCUGCCCUGCCUCAAAGGUUGGGAACUGCUCCCUUUCCUAAACCUGGCUCUGCCAGGUGGCCGUGCAUCCAGAGGGCCACCUGAUGGUGUUCAUGGCAGGGGAGACUUGAGCCACGGUUCUCACAGGCACUGAUGCUCCAAUUCAGACUCAGGGUCUGAGGGGGGCGAGAGUAGGUGGAGUGACUCUGAGGAGGGCACACUUCCUGUGUCGGGGGACCCGGCAAAGCCACGAAGGCUCCCUCUCAGGGAUGUGAGUGUCCUGUUGCCAGGAAAUCAUGGCCACACAAAGCAAGUCUGCGCACGAAGGAGCAGCCGGGCAAGCCUUCAGAGGCACCAAGGCCACCACCUACCUAGCUUAUGGGGCGGGAGGAGUCUGUCCCACCCCCGCCACCACCACCCGGGAGCCUGCAGAGGCCAUGGUGCUGGGCAGUUAGCAGACUGUCCCCUUCAGUGACAAACAGGCCCUGUUAAUACCAGGUUGCCGCAGGGCAGUGUCUCCUGUGUCAGCCUCGGGUGCAGAGCUGCUUCCAGGCCAGGUGGAGAUGAGACAGGUGGUUCCACACUGUGGCGUCCAUCUGUUGGGGUGGGGCAGGUCACAGGCCUGGGCAGGGCAUGAGUCUGGACAGUACCAAGUCUGGAAGUGCUUGGAGUAACUGCAUGUCCUCUUUCUGAACUUUCAUUACCUAGAACUGGGCGCCCCCAGGCUGUGAAAAGUUAGGGAAGUGCCUGACACCCCCGGAGUCUGUCCCGGAGAAGUGCUCCUGGCCGCACUAGCAACAGCCUGGGUUCUGGC